CGUAACGUAACGCAACGCAGCAGAACGCAACGUGCUGUAUUCUAUCGUACUGCUAUAUCGUAUCGUAUCCACAUGCGCAUCAAUUCCGCCUUAGCUUACGGCACACGCACACACAUACACUCAGAGGCACACGCAGACACACUGAAAAUAAAGGAGCAGCAAAUUUAUUGAUUUUGUUUGCUUUCUACAUUCAUCUUAUCGCAACCAUUACGAAUUGCAGGCGCAAAGUAAACAGAGCAAAAACAAUUGGAUCUGCGUGUAAAUUACGAACGAAAAAAGUCAAUCUCAAAUGAAUUUCACAAGCCAAGCGAACUGUGUUUGCCAGCAUAAACAGUCGAAGGAAAAGCAGCAGCAGCAGCAGCAGCAGCAGCAACAGCAGCAACAGCAGCCGGCACAUACUUGGGCCAAAGCCAAGCAGCGUCUGUAUCAUCACAACACAUGUCCGCGCCAAAAGAAAUCCGCAACACCCACACAAACGCCCACAGUCACGCCCACAUCGACAUUAUGCCGACAGCAGCAGCGACGCUCACGCUCCACAUCCUCCUCAGCUGGCAAGCAGCGACGGAACAGCUCCUAUCAUUCCUACGAUGAUCUGGACAGCUCAUCGAACGCGGUGGCCAAUGCGGAACGCAAAGUCGUCGCCAGCCUCAAGUACUUGUGCGCCUGCACGGGCGCCACACUGCGCAACCUGUCGAAGAAGACGAAAGACUUACAUGCCAAGAACUAUACCUACACCAAGGUAAUUGGUCGCAAUGCAUGUGAUUAG